GUGUGUGUGUGUGUGUCUGGUCGCAGGAUUUGAUCCUAUUCAGGACUCCAGACAGGCACCGCUGGGCAGCGCGAACAAAAGCUUGACGGCUCGGCCUCGGCCAGGAGAAAAACCAACAAACACACAGGCACACACUGCGGAUAAAUCCCAGCGAGUGCAGGAGCGCGGCUGUGAGCAGAACCGGACCGUCGGCGUCUUGUCCCUGCAGCCAGCCCCGGCGUGAUGCUCCUCAUCCCACUGCCAGCCUGGCUGGCCCUGGGCAUCCUGCAGCUGCCUCUUGGCAGCACCCAGGAGUGCCUGAGCCGGCAGCAGGCGCUCAGUGCGGUGCAGCAGAUGCAGAAGCUGCUGGCGGCGCAGGAGGCUGCUCACCUGCGGGGCACGCGCGGGCUCCGGAACCAGCUUUCCAUCCUUCAGAGCCACCUCCAGAGACAGCCCACCAAACGCAAUGACACCUGUCCGCAGCUGGCGGUGCCCCUGAACGGGCGGAUGCUGGGCCGGAGUGUGCGGGUGGGCCACGACGUUCACUUCGUCUGCGACAGCGGCUUCCGGCUGGUGGGCUCGGAGACGCGCAGCUGCCGGCACAACCGCACGUGGAGCGGCACCCAGCCCUUCUGCAGAAGUAUGGAUGACUGCUCCAGCAACCCGUGUGCCAACAGCGGGACCUGCGUGGAUGGUGACCAGAGCUACACGUGCCUCUGCCCCCCAGGCUGGUCAGGCCCCAGCUGCCAGAGCCCCAUCUACUCCUACUGGGUGACACUGAGCAACGCCUCCUUCAGCCGCCAGCCCCGCUGUGCCGAGGGCCGCUCAGGCUCCCGGCGCUGCAGCUGCGACACCGGCUUCCAGCUGAGAGCCGGUGGCGUGUGCCAAGACGUGGAUGAGUGCCUGCUCUACCAGUCCAGCCCCCAGACCCGGAUUUGCCUCCACGACUGCCUCAACCUCCCUGGCUCCUACCGCUGCCUCUGUCCCCCCGGCUACCUGCUCCAUGCCGACCGCAACGCCUGCGAGGAUGUGAAUGAGUGCGCCGGGAAGCAGCACAACUGCACCCAGGGUGACCUCUGCAUCAACACCUUCGGGGGCCACCGCUGUGUGCGCCCCAAGUGUCCCCCACCACGCCACAACACCAGCUACGUGAAGACCUCUGCCUUCCAGUGCGAGAGGAACCCCUGCCCCAUGGAGAGCCGGGCCUGCCUCCUGGCUGCCACCUCCAUCUCCUUCCACUACCUGCCGCUCCAGGCCAACCGCACCGUGCCCCGUGUCCUCUUCAAGAUGUCCACCACCCGCUUCGUGGGCGACAGCCUGCGCUUCGCCAUCACGGGCGGACGGGGCCAGGGCGUCUUCUCCGUGCGGCGCUCCGACCGGCAGACGGGAGAGCUGCUGCUCACCAGCCCCGUGGCGGGGCCAGCCACGCUGGAGGUGGAGCUGGAGAUGAGCGAGUUCUCCCGCAAAGUCCUCCUGGGCAAGCACAUCUUCAAGGUCACGGUCUUUGUGUCCCCGUAUGUGUUUUGAUCCCCUUUGGAGGCAGGUGUGGGGCCGAGUCGGGGUCUCCCCUGGGGAGCAAUGGAGCACGUUCAGCUCAGUGGUCCCAGUUCUUGUCCCAUUGGAGACAGCUCUCUCCCAUAAUGCUUGCUCAUGGCUGUCAGGGCAAAGGCACCACAGCAAAAACGGUGUCCCUGCAGGAAAAACCCUACAGGCAAUGGGGGGACCAGCCUGAGUGUCUAUCUCUGCCAGCCCCCCUCCUCUCUGCCUGCAGAGCACACAGAGGAGAAAGACAGAGUGAGCCAACAGCACUUGGCAUGCAGGUCCAGCUUCUUGUAUCUUGUAAUCUCUAAUAAAAGAAAAGUGGCUAUA